UCGCCAGCGCAGCGAUUCUUCCACUUCGAGAAGCCGCGGGUGGGUGCGACGUUAAGCCAUAGAGAAAGGUUAAGCGUCGACGGCGCAGCGGCCCGCCUUGGCUGUUUCGGCGGUUACUGGCUCCUCCGCGAAGGAAUGCGAUAUUUCGGGAAGUCGGGCCGAAGCCCGACAGCGAAGCUACCCUGAGUCAAAACAGGCACACCGCGCUGUCGACAUGCCCGGCCUUCAGCGGGCCGACAACGCAGCACCGUUGCUGUUCCGCGGAGAAGCGCACUUGUGGCAACACCGCGGAGUCGAGGCGCGCGUAGCGCCCCACGAGAAGCGCCUCGCGAGUCGCCCCGGCGAGUUGAGCGACUGAGACGCCCGUGGUCGAGCGGCGCACAAAGCUCCUCCCGCAGCCUCUGCGCCGGGAGGGCGACCAACCGCCGCUGCUACGAGUGGGGGACGGCUGCCAAGAAAGACGCGACGUCACCACAGCGCGCGCUGAAGAAGAGCGCACGCGUGCGCGACGCGCGCGGGGACGACGUUUAGCGGCGGCGACGUUUAGCGGCGGCGACCUUGUCGGGCUUAACCAACCUGUCCCGUCGGAGAAGAAGAACCCAUUCCUCCUCGGACUCUUUUGGCGGACUUCUUUAUUUUUUUUCGUUUAGUUUAUUCCGUGUCUACUUUUUCUUCAUUCGGCCGUCGGAAGAAUAGUGGUGGGACGAGUUGCGCAGAAAGGAGCGCCGACGGAAACACAAAUGACAGGGCGCCACAUGGAGCGCUGAACUCGGCUGGUGCCCGUUCACCAUGGGAACGUCGGUGCCGGCGCCAACGGGAGCCGACAACUCCCCGAGCGAAGGUCACCGCAAAUGCGUAGCCCUGUCGUCGCGCGACGAAGAGGACGCCGCCGCCGCCGCCGGUUUCGAGAAGGACUCGCGAGGCGGCGAGCACCGUCUCCGGGACGCAGGCGUGCUGUCCAGGCUGAGGCAGUACACAUGGCUCGUGCCGCUCAUACACACCCACUUCUGGGUGUCGGCGGCAUUCUCCCUCAUGCAGCCGUACUAUCCUCGUCUCGCGGCGAAAGCUGGUCUCGAAGCAUGGAAGUACGGCUUCGUAUUUUCGACGUUCAAGCUAACAAUGCUUCUUGGAUCCAUAUCCACAGAAAGACUUAUGAUUCUUUCGACUCCACUUAAAUGCUACCUCUGCGGCCAAGUUGGCUUCUUCCUGUACAACGUCAUGUUUGGGUCCCUCUACUGGUCACCAGGAGGCACCGUCUUCCUGGCCCUCUCCUUGGUGGCAGUAAUCUUCGGCGGCUUCGUGCAGACAGUGUACCUAGUCUCAGCGUACUCAGUAGUCACCUCGGAGCUGCACCAGAGCAGCGGUGUCAUCAUCGCCAUCAUGGAAUUCAUGUUCGGAUGCGGGAACAUGGCUGGUUCUGUGCUCGGAGGAACUCUGAUCGACUUGUGGGAAUACCCUCUGCCGUUCUUUGUCCUGGGCACCAUAAUCAUCCUAUCGAUUCCAUGGAUUAUCAAGCACAAGAAGGUCCCAAACAAGCAUCCCGAAGCUUCAGCUCCGCCUGAGGAGGCCCUGAUGCAGGAGCAAGGCUCGCAGAAAAAGCUGUAUAGGCUUCUUUGGGACCCACUGUUCAUGGUCAACAUGGUAACCCUUAUGCUCUCUUGGGUCAUCAUGGGUUUCAACGAACCGACUCUGGAACCAUACUUGAGACAGUUCAACCUCAGCAGCACGAGACUUGGAGUACUGUACAUGGUACAGUUUGCAAGUUACACCGUGGGCGCGGCAUUCGCGGGACUGUUUUGUUACGUCAAGAUGGCAGCAUUCUUUGCUUUUGCCGGGCAACUGAUGACGGCGUUUGCCUACCUGAUACUAGGCCCAGCGCCAUUUGUUCAGCAAGACCCGCAGCUGUGGAUGGUUUACGUCUCCCAGACGUUCACAGGUGUUGGAAUGGCUGCUCAAUUCAUUUGCAGCUUCUCAUUAGCGCUCAGCCAUACAGCUAAGCGGGGCUACCCGGACGACAUACGGACUACCGGAUUCGUGUCAACUGUUGUAGUGACAUUCUUAGUUAUUGGGGCCAUUACGACGCCCCCAAUAGCAGGGUACCUCGUAGAGAAAUUCAGCUACAGACCGGGAUCUAUGUUCCUCUUCGGCAUCCUUUUAUUCUGGACACCCAUAACACUUCUCCACUGGAUUUAUCUGAUGUACGUUCAACGCACGAGGAGUGCCGACGUAGCACUGCAGGAUCGGUCCAUUUCUUCUCGCAAGUCAUAAGUGUGCCAGGAGUUGUCACUUUGUGUCAGUAAUAAAUAUAUAUCCAUUUUUUUUGUAAA